AUGAAUGGCCACAAGAAGAAGGCAAAUUACGUACGGCCAUCAUUUCCUUAUGCAGCAACCCACCCUAGCCACAGACCUGAAUGUCCUCCGGCGCCUUUCACCGCCCUCUCCGCUAUAAAUCGACCUCCUGGUUACCAUGAUCCCCCGAUAAAGACCGACCCCCGCUGCCUCCCUUUCCUCAAAUUUUCUUUCCAGUUCCUCCGCGAGGACUCUCCUGCCCUUCCCCUUCAUCUCUCUCUUCCUCUUCCGAAAAUGCCUGGGCUUGUCAGCGAUGCCACUCGUGUAUGGGAGCUCAACAUCUACUGGGCGCUGCAUUCGCAAUGUGGAGUAUGGGAUCCCAAGGGCAAGGGGGUGGACAUUUGGGAGUGCCUCAAGCCUCACAACUCGACAUCGGGCACACAGCCACCCAACCCGACCUACUGGCGAUAUGUCGCGCGCCGGUGA